CGGCAAACAAGGCGCACACUCGAGGGGCCGCGGCCGGGCUACUACCACCGUCGCCGCCAUGAUCCCCUCUGCGGACUCUCUGCUCAAGUAUGACACCCCGGUGUUGGUGAGCCGGAAUACGGAGAAGCGGAGCCCCAAAGCACGGCCACUGAAAGUCAGCCCCCAGCAGCCUGGACCCUCCGGUCCAGUCCCACAGCCACCAAAGACCAAGCUCCCCUCAACUUCUUGUGUCCCAGAUCCUACAAAGCAGGCAGAAGAAAUUUUGAAUGCCAUCCUACCCCCAAGGGAAUGGGUGGAGGACACGCAGCUAUGGAUCCAGCAGGUGUCCAGCACCCCCAGCACCAGGAUGGAUGUGGUGCAUCUCCAGGAGCAGCUGGACCUGAAGCUGCAGCAGCGGCAGGCCAGAGAGACCGGCAUCUGCCCCGUGCGCAGGGAGCUCUACUCGCAGUGUUUCGACGAGCUGAUCCGAGAGGUCACCAUCAACUGUGCGGAGAGGGGAUUGCUGUUGCUGCGAGUCCGGGACGAGAUCCGCAUGACCAUCGCCGCCUACCAGACCUUGUACGAGAGCAGCGUGGCCUUCGGCAUGAGGAAGGCGCUGCAGGCCGAGCAGGGGAAGUCCGACAUGGAGAGGAAAAUUGCAGAAUUGGAAACGGAAAAGAGAGAUUUGGAGAGGCAAGUGAACGAGCAGAAGGCCAAGUGUGAGGCCACCGAGAAGCGGGAGAUCGAGAGGAGACUGGUAGAGGAGAAGAAGCACAACGAGGAGAUUCAGUUCCUCAAGCGCACGAAUCAGCAGCUGAAGGCCCAACUGGAAGGCAUUAUUGCACCAAAGAAGUGAUCAUUUCCACAUGGGUCUCAGCAAGCACUGCUACCCCAUCCUAAGCCUGUUGUAAUAAAAAAAAGCUAGUUUCCUGAGUGAACAAGCCAUACCCUCCCCCUGAUCCCCACCUACAUGUUUGUCAGAAGUCACACGUGGCCCCAGUGGCAUGGAACACUUAGGUCUGGCAGCCAGGCUCCUGGCUGGGCAGUGGAAGGUGGUGCAGCCGACGGUCUCUGUAUGUGGCCAACCUUGGGAUUUGCCAACUCAGAAAGGCUUUCUGCCAUAUCCCUCGCAGGUGAAACUGCCUUCCCACCACUGCUCCAUACUAUCCAUUAUUUCUAGCCGAAUGAGCCGCCUCCCUGUCCCAUUUCUGGUCCAUGAUGCAUCUUGUAUCUGACCUUGGGCGGCUGUGUGGCCUCAGUCUUUCCCUUGAGGUCUUUCACCAUCCCUACCCCAGUGCGGGUCUAGUGACUCAUGCUGGAGUUCUGUGUUUAUACUAGGUCAUUCUACCCCUGCCCGCCAAGCCCACCCCAGCCUCUUCCCUAGUCUCAGACUGCCCAGGUGAGGCAACAAUGGCAGCCAAAGCCAGGGCUUCUGAGAAAGUAAAUGUUUACUGGGAAGAAAUACAAGUCACGAGGUCCACUGUGAGCUGCCUGCACCUCAGGAGCCCUGAUUUGGUUUGUUCAUCUUAUUCUGCAGAAAAUCACACCCUGAUCCUAUACCCCUCUAACUAGCUAUGUUUGAUGAACAACUGGAGAGGUACCCAAACCUCACAUGCAGCUCUAAUUAUUAAUGAGGAGGCUAUGGCCUGUAGACUGCAUUUUACUGUUCCUCCUAAGUUAAACUCAAAGUUCAGAGGCCCAGGGCUGCUCCUGGUUUCGUAGACCCAGAAGAGUAAGUGAGCAACACAGAUCUUUCAUUUAGGGCAAUCCAGGGUGGGCUAGCGCAGCAAGAUGAGUGACUGCCAUCCUUCAUGCACGCUGCACAAGCAACACGUAGGAAGGCACGAACAUGUCCGCUCAGCUGGAGUGCCUCAAGUUGCGCAGUAUUCCCGAGGAGGUGCCAAGGACCCUCCUCAGUGGAGCUCUGACCCAACAUCAUCCCUGUUAAGGUUCCAAGGCUCCCUGAAAGAAGGGCAGGUCGAAAAGAAGAGCUGGAUUCCGGGUCAAACGUGCCCUGUGCCUCUCAUCUCAGACUGGAAGCCAGCUUUUAUCCCGUCCCGGUGUCCUGAGGCAUUCUAAGACUCCACUAAGAUCACCUGUCUGGGCUGCCGUUUUCAUGGGAAAGAACUCUGUUCGUUGAGAUGUGCCAGUCCCGGGACUCCCUGACAGUAAAGUACCUGUGUCCUCACUGCGUCCAUCUAACAGACUGGGAGGGGCAGCUGAAGUGGCAUUUUCCCCUCCUAUUUUAAAGCCUGGGCCACAUACACUACAUCCUUGAGAUUUUCUUGUUUUCACACCUCUGUUCCAAACUAACUGCCAGUAUAAAAGGAAUUCCACCCUUUCCAUUCUGUAGACCUCAUCUCUGUAUCUGUCAGAGAUCUGCAUGCCAUGGGUACGCUCUGGAGGAACUAAGAGGGCUCAUUUAAGUGUCGGAAGUGCCACUGGACCCCAUCACCUAAAGCCUUGCGGGUGUAGGGACUUUAUUUUCACCAGCACCGGUGAAGGGUUUCAACUGUCAAACCUCAGAACAAAUGCAUCAUGGCCUUAGAAAUGCCGACUGGGCAUGAAGAGAAGGAAGAGUUUCUCAUUGUAUAUUUUUGUAUAAUUUAAUAAACUUUCAAAACGUUACUGCUUAUGUUUGAAUUUUUUGUGUCUGUGUUUCUGUCCUUCUGAGUCAUUGGUCUUCUUUUUGUUCCGGUUCCUAUUUUUCACGUUGUGGGUUUCAUAGUAACGCACACCAACUUUCCUGGAUUGC